GCCCCAUGGCCUGAACCGUUUUUUCCGGCCGGGCCGUCCCAGCUUUUGUCCCGCCACUGUCCGUGCUCCCGCGGCGCCGGCAACACCAUGUCACAUUUGAAGGAUCUGAAGAUGAAGAAACAACUGAAAAGUAUGAAGAUGUUGGAAAUACAGAGUGGUCAAAAGUAGGAUUUCAUUAGAAUAACAUGCAGGAAUCUAAGCUUGGUGCAGCUUGUGACUGGGAUAGCAAGGAAAAGAUACAACUGGAAAAGACUGAGGAAAAAAGAAUGAAGGAAGACAAGGGUGACAUAAUGGAAAAGACUGACAAAACCAAGAACUUGGCAAAUAUUAAGAUGGAACAGGAAGAUGAAACAUAUGAGAAAAGGCUUUAUGUAAGCACCAAACAUCAGAUUGUAGAACAGCAAAACACUGAGCAAGACAGGCAUGUGGAGAUCCUUAAUGGAACAUUUUACCCUGAUCUACAGCUGCAAACGAGCAGUGUUAAAAAAUCACAUCAAUGUGAUGAGUGUGGGAAAUCGUUCAAAUAUAAUUCCCGCCUUGUUCAACACAGAAUUAUGCAUACUGGGGAAAAGCGCUAUGAGUGUAAUGACUGUGGAGGAACUUUCCGUAGCAGCUCCAGCCUUCGCGUACACAAGCGCAUACAUACUGGGGAGAAGCCGUACAAAUGUGAUGAAUGUGGGAAAGCUUACAUGUCCUACUCCAGCCUUAUCAACCACAAAAGCACCCAUUCUGGGGAGAAGAACUGUAAGUGUGAUGAGUGUGGAAAAUCCUUCAAUUACAGCUCUGUUUUGGACCAACAUAAAAGGAUACACACUGGGGAGAAGCCCUAUGAAUGUGGUGAAUGUGGGAAGGCCUUCAGGAACAGUUCUGGUCUCAGAGUCCACAAAAGGAUCCACACAGGAGAAAAGCCCUAUGAAUGCGACAUCUGUGGGAAAACCUUCAGUAACAGCUCUGGCCUUAGGGUACACAAAAGGAUCCAUACAGGUGAGAAGCCCUAUGAAUGCGAUGAGUGUGGAAAGGCCUUCAUUACUUGCAGGACACUCUUAAACCAUAAAAGCAUACACUUUGGAGAUAAGCCCUAUAAAUGUGAUGAGUGUGAGAAAUCUUUUAAUUAUAGCUCUCUCCUCAUUCAGCAUAAAGUCAUCCACACUGGAGAGAAACCUUAUGAAUGCGAUGAAUGUGGGAAGGCCUUCAGAAACAGCUCAGGCCUCAUAGUGCAUAAAAGGAUCCACACAGGAGAGAAGCCUUACAAGUGUGACAUCUGCGGCAAAGCAUUCAGCUAUAGCUCAGGCCUCGCAGUCCAUAAAAGCAUUCACCCUGGGAAGAAAGCCCAUGAAUGCAAGGAGUGUGGGAAAUCGUUUAGUUAUAAUUCACUACUUCUUCAACAUAAAACUAUUCACACUGGAGAAAGACCUUAUGUUUGUGAUGUAUGUGGGAAAACUUUCAGAAACAAUUCAGGCCUGAAGGUCCAUAGAAGACUCCAUACUGGGGAAAAACCGUAUAAAUGUGACGUAUGUGGGAAAGCCUAUAUCUCACGCUCUAGCCUUAAAAAUCACAAAGGAAUCCAUCUUGGGGAAAAACCUUUUAAGUGUAGCUAUUGUGAGAAAUCUUUCAACUACAGCUCUGCCCUUGAACAGCAUAAAAGGAUUCAUACAAGGGAGAAACCAUUUGGGUGUAAUGAGUGUGGAAAAGCCUUCAGAAAUAAUUCAGGCCUCAAAGUACAUAAACGAAUCCAUACGGGGGAAAGACCCUACAAAUGUGAAGAAUGUGGGAAAGCCUACAUCUCACUCUCUAGCCUUAUAAAUCAUAAAAGUAUACACCCUGGAGAGAAGCCCUUUAAGUGUGAUGAGUGUGAGAAAGCCUUCAUCACAUACCGAACACUUACAAAUCACAAAAAAAUUCACCUUGGGGAGAAGCCCUAUAAGUGUGAUGUGUGUGAGAAAUCUUUUAAUUACACCUCACUCCUUUCUCAACACAAAAGAGUACACACUAGAGAGAAGCCCUAUGAAUGUGACAGAUGUGAGAAGGUUUUCAGAAACAACUCAAGCCUUAAAGUUCAUAAAAGAAUACAUACUGGGGAGAAGCCCUAUGAAUGUGAUGUGUGUGGAAAAGCCUACAUCUCACAUUCCAGCCUUAUUAACCAUAAAAGUACCCAUCCUGGUAAGACACCCUACACAUGUGAUGAAUGUGGGAAAGCUUUUUUUUCAAGCAGAACUCUUAUGAGCCAUAAAAGAAUCCACCUUGGGGAGAAACCCUUCAAGUGUAUUGAAUGUGGGAAAUCUUUCAGUUACAGCUCACUCCUUUCUCAACAUAAGAGAAUCCACACAGGUGAGAAACCCUACGUAUGUGAUAGGUGUGGAAAGGCAUUCAGGAACAGCUCAGGCCUCACAGUACAUAAAAGGAUCCAUACAGGUGAGAAACCCUAUGAAUGUGAUGAGUGUGGGAAGGCAUACAUCUCACACUCAAGUCUUAUAAACCAUAAAAGCAUACACCAAGGUAAGCAGCCCUAUAACUGUGAGUGUGGGAAAUCUUUCAAUUAUAGAUCAGUCCUUGACCAACACAAAAGGAUCCACACUGGAAAGAAGCCAUACCGAUGUAAUGAGUGUGGGAAGGCAUUUAAUAUCAGAUCAAAUCUCACCAAACAUAAAAGAAUACACACUGGAGAGGAAACUCUGAAUGUGAUAAUGGGAAGUCACAGUGGCACAUUCCAGAUGAGAACUUAUGAGGGAGUGAAUGUUCUGGAUGGGAGCAGGAUGAGGAUCCCUCUGUAGAUGAACAAGUCUCGAAGAACUCAAGUGUUGGAGGGUGGAAUCGUUCAGAUUUAAAAAUAUCUGAGGUCUAUAUUUAUGGUUUAUAAUUUUUGUAGUAAAAUGAAACCAUUUUAGAUGACUGUGACUAUCCUUUCUCUGUGGUUUUCAAUCAUAGCAAGGAAGGCUCCAGUGUCAAGGCAGCUGAGCUCUUUGGAAUAUAACAUAAUUCAUAAUAGCUUUAAAAUCUAUUAUGGAACAUGAAAGAAUUCAAAAUAAGCAGACACAACAUAAAAAUAAAGGAAUUAAGCAUUUAGUUACCCUAAGAAAGUUCAUAUUUGAAGAAAUUUUAUUGAAAACAAGGAAAUAGCUUCAAAUUGGUGAAUGGGACAAAUAUAAGGAAGGCCUUUAAAAGUAAGUUCAGGGAGAGGUAGGCUUCAAGGAAUAUAAAUUUAUCAACAGUAAUCUUGAAGUAUAAAGUUGAUAUAAUUGAAUAAUUUGAUGGGGUGGAUGGCAACUUCUAAAAGAAAAUUUGGGUUUCCUUUGUGGGGAUUUACAAAGUAGAAACAUACCUAAUGAGAUAGGGUACAGUCACUCAUAAAAGUACAAAUUUAGUAUUAUGAUAGCAUUAGUUGAGUGGGUAAAAUUUUUAAAAAGUAUUGCAUUGAACCUUUUCCACUGACAAAUAUGUAUCUAAGUGUAAAUCUACAAGAUUAUGCUACAGUGAAAAGUUCUUCCAUGGAGGGAAUUUGCACCUUACAUGACAGAAUUGAAUCAGGGAUUCCAAGGACUAAAAAUGUUGGGAAGGAGGGUAUUUUUUCACCUAAAAGGCUAACUACCCGUAAGCAAGAGAGAGGAGGAAAUUUGUGUUUCUUAAUAAUCUUUUUAGGUUUUUGAAUGUUUUGAAAUGUGUUAUUGUAUAGAUUCCAUGUAUUAUGUGUGUAUUGUCUGUUGUAAAAGCUUAUGAAUAUAUUUGUACAGGUUUCACUGUUUUUGCCAUGCAGGUUAGACAGCUAUGGCAAGGAAAGGCCAACUACAAUAAAGAAAUUCCUCAAA